AUGAUUCUGAACAGAGACAUCGUGCUUAUCUUCCUCAACUACCUUCUCGCCGUCCUCUACAGAGAGCUAGACAGCCUCGACCAAGUAACUGCCUUUAAUAUCCGCAGGGCACAAACCCAGACUAGCAUACUAGGCUCCUUUUUCGGCGAGUUCAGCAUUAUCGGUAUCUUCCUUACGCUGCUCAGCCUUGGCAAGGCGGUCAACCUCGUCCAUACUGGAAAAGUCUCCUCGGUCGAUCGAUUCAUCCAAUGGGGCGCAUACAGCGUCGCUGGAGCCCUUGCCAUCUUGAACACUGCCUCGUUUGCGCUCAGCGAAAAGCAAUACGCAGACGAUGGUCAUCGCUUCGAUCCCACAGCACUGAAAUACCUCAGACAGAUCACCUUUGCGAUGCUCGCGAUCCAAAUGACCCUCAAUGUGUCUAUCCUAGUCAAGUCUAUUGCUGUCACUGCCCCGACACGGGCUGUCGCGGGGUUAACGACUCCUACGCGUUACCUCAUUAUAUGCUGUGUUCUCAUGCUAUUCAAGACGUGCUACGACGUCGGCUACUAUGCCGAGUACAUCCCUCUUGAUGACUCUGUGUCCGCACGGAAAAGCCCUGGGGCCUAUUUCGCUAUACUGGAUGUUAUUUUCAACUUCUGGCCGACCUUCACCACCUUCAUAAUCCUCUUCGUCUUGAGUACCAAGAAGCAAAAUGGCGUCUGGACUACCGAGAAGGUAACUCACCCCUCGGCCCACGAGAUGCCUGCUCAGCCAACACGAUGGGGCUACAACUAUGACACCGAGAACCAAGGGAUUCCGCAGGGCUGGCACCAACCGCCGGCCCCGAUAAUGUUGCCGGCAUAUUCACGCCCUCAAGAGCUUUCGACUCAACAAGAAUUCGCCGAGUUGCACGCGCCGCAGUUCUGGCAUGAGCUUCCCACCCAACAGCAUGGAAAAGAUCCGCACGUUGGGGCUACGUCGCCUCACUGGCAGGCUCCCUGA